AUUUUCAGGAUUGAAUAUGCCUAACAAGACCAAAAAGGGAAAGCAUAGGAAAGACAAGUUUUAUCAUCUCGCCAAAGAAACUGGAUAUCGGGCAAGAUCCGCCUUCAAACUUAUUCAGUUGGAUCGGAAACUGCGAUUACUCGAAUCCACACGUGUAGCCAUUGAUCUAUGCGCAGCUCCAGGUGGAUGGCUGCAGGUUCUUCAAAAUUGCAUGCCCGUUUCUAGCGUUAUCAUUGGAGUAGAUCUCGUGCCUAUUAAACCGAUUCCGAAUGUCAUAACGAUAAUGGAUGACAUCACAACUGACAGUUGUGCCUCGGCUAUAUCAAGACAUUUACAGUCAUGGAAAGCGGAUAUAGUUCUCAACGAUGGUGCUCCGAAUGUAGGACAAUCGUGGGCUCAGGAUGCUUUUACGCAAUCUCAGCUUACUCUGGCAGCUUUCAAGUUAGCAGCUAAAUUUCUGGCUAAAGGCGGAUGCUUUGUCACCAAAAUUUUCCGCUCGAAAGAUUAUUUGGCUUUGAAUUGGGCUUUCAAGCAAUUAUUUGUAAAAGUGAAAGCUACAAAGCCGCAAGCCUCACGAAAUGAGAGUGCUGAAAUCUACGUUAUUUGCCAAAAUUUCAAAGCACCGGAUAAAAUAGAUCCAAAAUUUUUCGACAUCAAACAUGUUUUCAAAGACAUGGCAGAUCCUGAUUCAGCAUCUGCUGCACCCGAUAAAUUGUUGGUUGGACAGCCUAUCACCAAGCAAAAUAAACCAAAGGCCAUGGGUUACGAAGAGAAUACUUUGUCGGUAUACAAACCUGUUCCAGUGUCCACAUUCCUGAAAGAGGAAAAUUUCAUCCCAAUUUUGAACUCGUGCUCUGAGUUGAGAUUGGAUAUGCCUGAAGUAGCUGAGCAUGAUUUGACAGUUCCUGAGAUACAAGAAUUUUGUAAAGACGUGCAGUUACUUGGGAAAAAAGACGUAAAAACUCUGCUCAAAUGGCGCGCGAAAAUGCGAACAGAUUUUGCUGUGAAACUGGAAAUAACUGGAGAGAUAAAUAAGGAACCGGUUCAUUCUGAUCAAGCCCCUCCAUUGACUGAAGAAGAAAAAGAGGCACAAUUGGAGGAAUAUCUGGCAAAAGCAGACAAAAAACGGAAGGCAAAACUGCGUGAACAGAAGAUUAAACUGCGACAGAAAAUGGCACUUGGUGCGACUGCCUUGAUUGAAGAGGAUGAUACAUUGUUUUCUCUCGGUCAAAUGAAAUCUAAAAAGCAAUUCGAUGCCUAUGAAGGAGGAGUAGAUGAUGAUAAUACGCCACAGGUCGACCUGGAAGAUUUGGAAGUAGAAAAAUCUGCCAAAAUGUUUGAUAGAGCCAAACAAGACCACAGCAAGCGCAAUGAAUGGAUGAAGGAUCUCUAUUCAGACGACGAAAGUUCCGGUUCCAGUUCUGACUCAGAAAUCGACUUAGAGGACGAGGAUCAGACAGGAGCAGCAGUCGAGCUGGCACCCCAGCCCAAUCCACUCUUGGCAACUGGCAGUCAAACUUUGACAGCAAAUGAACGCGCAAAACAGUGGUACGCGAGUCACGAAGUGUUCUCGGAAAUGAAUUUGAAAGACAAUGCUAACUUGGACUUUUCUGACGACGAAAUUGAUGUAAAAAGUAAAAAGAAGGACAAGACGAACAACAAACAAUUAGCCGAAAAGCAAGUGGAUCCCGAAAAAUUGAAAGCAGAAACUGCUGCAGCGACCAAAAAGGCACGAAGUAUUGCUGAAUUGGUUUCUGGAAAAUCUAACAAAAGAAAACAGGUGUCAUUUGAAAGCGAAUUAUCAGACGAUGAGAAUGAUGAUGAUAUUGGCGAUAAAGAUGAAAACGCGAGUUCAGAUGAUUCUUUAACUGAGUCAGAAACGGAAACAGAUGUUGGUUCUUUAACUAAGAAUCAAAUGUUGAAAAGAAAGCUGACGCCUGAACAACUAGCCUUAGGGCAUGAAAUUGCAUUUUCGGCCAAGCGGAGGCGUGAAAUAAUAGAGAAGGGGUUUCACAGGUUCACUUAUCACGACGAAAAUGAGUUGCCCAAGUGGUUCAAACACGAGGAAGAUAGACACACAAAACCGAUAAUACCAGUGAGCAAAGAAAUAGUUCAGAUGUACAAAGAAAGACUGAAAGAGAUUAACUCUAGGCCGAUCAAAAAAGUGGCAGAAGCGAAGGCGAGGAAAAAAGCGAAAACAAUGAAAAAAUUAGAGAACAUCAAAGGAAAAGCAGAAAAAAUAGCGAAUACUCAAGGAGCUUCAGAACGAGAGAAAUUGUUACAAAUCAAAGGUCUUUACAAAAAAGCGAAGGUCGAUAAGAAAUACAAUAAAGAGAAAACGUAUAUAGUGACGAAAAAGAAGGGAACGAAGGCAGUUAAUCCAAGCAAAAAGAAAAGCAAGAAGGGACCAGUUAAGUUCGUAGACAGAAGAUUGAAAGCUGACAAAUACAACACAAAACAGAAGGCGAAGAAUGAGAAGAAAGGAAAGAAAACUAAAAGUGUUAAGCCACAGAAAGUGAACAAAAUGCGACAUAUGAGGAAGAAUAAAAAGCACUGAUGUCUGCCUUGAAUUUAUUUUUUGAGCUUA